CAUGCUUAGCCGAACACCGGCAAUGUCAACACUGCGCGAGGUUACACGUGAAUUGUGUUAUUUACAGUGUUCGUCUUUAGCUAAUAAUCUGUUUAGCUAUAAAACAAGACCAGCUCAUAUAGUUAAUAGCUGUUUGAACUAUUUCAUACAAUUUCUCGAGUUUAUUCGUGUUUAUUAUCAGGAUAAAGGACGUCUGAAACGUGUGUUUCACUUUCCUGGUUUGUUAUCUGGAAUAUUUUAGUUAAUAUUAAUCCAGAAUGUUCUCCAGCACCCUCAGGCUUUUUGUGUUUUCAGUUCGUAGACAUUUGCCUGGAAUAGCCAAUAAAUCCAGGUGUUUUUGCUCAGUUUCUGAACACACUGAGGAGAGCAGAGUGGGGAGGUUUAAGAGCAGACUAACUUCUGGUCCAGACUUUCAGGACUUUAUCAAAACCUCUCCACCCCAAAAUCCUCCUCCUGACCCACAGACUGAGUAUGAACAGCCUUAUCUGCCCCACAUUUCCCCAGCAAGUGUACCAAAAGUGUAUUUUGAAACCUAUGGAUGUCAGAUGAACGUCAACGACACUGAAAUUGCAUGGUCCAUUCUGCAAAAGGGAGGAUAUCUGAGGACAUCUGAGCUUUCAGAGGCAGAUGUGGUGCUUCUCGUCACUUGUUCUGUAAGGGAAAAGGCGGAGCAGACCAUCUGGAACAGGCUUAAGCAGCUCACAUUACUGAAAAAGAAACGUCUAAAGGCCAGCGCUCAGUUAAAGAUUGGGAUCUUAGGCUGCAUGGCAGAGAGGCUGAAGACAGAGUUGUUGGAGAAGGAGAAACUGGUGGAUGUUGUAGCUGGACCAGAUGCCUACAGAGAUUUGCCCAGGCUCCUGUCACUCGCUCACGGAGGGCAGAGGGCCAGUAACGUCCUGCUUUCUCUAGAGGAGACCUACGCUGAUGUCAUGCCCGUGCACAAUUCAGGACACAGUGCUUUUGUGUCUAUUAUGCGGGGCUGUGACAACAUGUGUAGCUUUUGUGUGGUACCAUUCACUCGAGGGAGAGAGAGAAGCAGGCCUGUGUUCUCCAUACUGGAAGAAGUCCGAAUGCUGUCUGAUCAGGGUGUGAAAGAGGUGACUCUGCUGGGACAGAAUGUGAACAGCUACAGGGACCUCUCAGAGGAGCAGUUCAGGGGCUCUGAGCUCAGUACACACCUCAGUCGAGGCUUCAGCACCAAAUACCGUUCCAAACGGGGCGGGCUGCGAUUCACUGAACUUCUGGACCGCGUGUCCCUUAUAGAUCCUGACAUGAGGAUCCGCUUCACCUCCCCACAUCCCAAAGACUUCCCAGAUGAGGUGUUACAGUUGAUCCAGGAAAGGAAAAACAUCUGCAAGCAGAUCCACCUGCCAGCUCAAAGUGGCAGCACUCAGGUUUUACAGACGAUGAGACGUGGGUAUACCAGGGAAGCAUACCUUGAAUUGGUGGAAAACAUCCGAAAGAUUAUACCAGGGGCCAGUCUGAGCAGUGACUUCAUCGCAGGCUUCUGUGGGGAGACAGAGGAAGACCACCAGCAGACCAUGUCUCUGCUUAGGGAGGUGGGCUACAAUAUAGGGUUCCUGUUCGCCUACAGUAUGAGAAAGAAAACGCAUGCAUACCACCGUCUCCAGGAUGACGUUCCUGCAGAGGUGAAGCAGAGGCGUCUAGAAGAGCUGAUCUCUGUGUUCAGAGAAGAGGCAGCUAAGGUCAACUCCACUCUCAUUGGCAGCACACAACUCAUCCUAGUGGAGGGAGAGAGUAAACGAUCAUCUCAGGAGCUGUGUGGUCGGAAUGAUGGAAACUUGAAGGUGAUUUUCCCCAGAAAGGAUUUGCCCUCUCAGGCCACAGACUCCUGUACUGUACCUGUUAAAGCCGGGGACUAUGUACUAGUGAAGAUUACAUCAGCAAACUCCCAGAGUCUGCGAGGACAAGCCAUCAGCCACACCUCCCUGAGCGACAGCAUCAACAGCCACAAGCUUCUCAGUGAACAGGCAGCCUCGUGUUGACCUGCAGGUUCCUCAGGACUUGUACUGUAUGUGACUGUGAUGAGGCUAUGGAUGGAUUAUUAUUUAAAAGCACACUUAUUUGGAAAACAAUCACUUUUUAUUUGUUUGGAAUCUUAUUUGAAAUCUUACAUAGACCUUGUAUUAUAACAGUGCUAUUAAAUGAUCUGUCUGAACAGA